AUGCCCAAACACCUAGUCGCAUUCUUUAUAAGUAUUCUUUUACAAAUUCACGUAUCCAACGAAGAUUUAGUCGAUUUCCUAACAAAUACCCCAGAAGAAGUCGGUUUAAAUAUUUUAGAAUUAGUCCCGAAACACGGUUAUAGACUUGAACGCCAUCACAUAACAACCGAAGAUGGCUAUAUUUUAGAAACGCAUCGUAUUUUACAUGCGAAUUACCCCGAUUUCCAACCAACUAAACCACCAGUUCUUUGUGUUCCAGGCGUUGGUUCAUCCGCAAUUGAUUAUGUCAAUGGCGGACCAAACAAAAGUCUAGUUUACGCACUAGUAGGUUUAGGUUUUGAUCUCUGGUUGGCUAACACGCGCGGUACAAAAUUUAGCAAACGCCACGUCCGAUUAAAUCCAGAUGUAGACAAGAAAGAAUAUUGGAAUUUUUCGUUUCACGAGUUUGGUGUCUAUGAUAAUCCAGCCAUGAUCGAUUAUAUCUUAGCGUUAAGCUCAUGGGAGAAAUUGAUUUAUAUAGGGCACUCACAAGGAACAACUAGUUUCUUUGUGAUGAAUAUCGAGAAACCUGAAUAUAAUCAGAAGAUUUUGUUGGGGCAUAUGUUGGCACCUGUUGCAUUCUGGAGUAAUAUUAUUUCACCACUGUUCAGAUAUGGGUUGCCGAGUAUUGAGGAAACUUUAGUUGUAAGUAUUUAUAUGUGUUUGUUCCGCCAUUUUGCAUUUUUGAUUGUAGUUGCAACAAGAUAAGAUUCAACUGUAUGAAUUUUGCCUAGAACAGUGAAUGAAAUCUUUUGGCCCACAGUGUGUGUUCCAUCAUCGCCAUUUUUUAGCAUUUGUAAAUUUAUCUAUGGUUUCAUCGUUGGUUUCGAUAAUAAUCAAAUAGAAGAUGAUCUGAUUCCUAUUAUAACAGGAUCACUGCCGGCAGGAGGCUCAAUGAAACAAUACCUCCACUAUUCGCAACUCGUAAAAAACGGUCGUUUCUGUAAUUUUGAUUACAGAAUCCCCUCAAAAAACAUAGAAAUCUAUGGGCAAUUAUCACCUCCUGAUUAUGACUUAAGUAAAGUCACCGCUCCAGUCGCGGUUCACUACGGAAUGAAUGAUUGGCUACUUCAUCACAAGGAUGCCGAGAAAACUAUCAAAUCCUUGAGUAAUGUUGUCGUUCACAAUAAAAUCAAAUACAAACAAUUCACACACGGUCAUUUCCUGUGGGCGAAAGACGUUUUCCGUCUGCUGUACGACGAUAUCAUAAACAUAACACUGCGAUAUGUCUGA